AUGUCAGACAUCAAACCCUAUACCAUCUCAGUUCCACAGGCGAAACUUGAUCGCCUGCAGCAGAAACUCGCUGUUGUUGACCUGCCAGAUGAGCUCGAUGACGCAGGCUGGGAUUACGGCGCAUCUCGACCCGAAGUCAAGAAACUAGUCACUUACUGGCAAAACGAUUACGACUGGCGCAAGCAUGAAUCAAAACUGAACGAGCUGCCAAACUACGUGACUGGUAUUAAAGUCGAUGGGUUUGGCGAGCUGCAGAUACAUUUCCUCUAUCAGAAGAGUUCGGUCAAGAAUGCUAUUCCUCUUCUCUUCUGCCAUGGAUGGCCCGGAAACUUCACUGAGGUGUCGAAGGUGCUGCCUUUGCUGGCUGACACCAAAGACGACGCACCUGCUUUCCACGUUGUCGCACCUUCGCUUCCCAACUUUGGAUUCUCGCAGGGAGUCAAGAAGCGAGGAUUCAGACUCAAGCAGUAUGCAGAGGUCUGCCACAAGCUCAUGUUGAAGCUGGGCUACAAGCAGUACGCAACUCAGGGUGGAGACUGGGGUUUCUGGAUAACGAGACUCAUGGGCCACCUCUACCCAGAAGCAUGCAAAGCUUCACAUGUCAACAUGACCCCACCAGCCAUGGACGCUGACCUCACUGCUGCCCUCAACGACAAAUCUUCGUUCAGCGAGCAAGAGUAUCAAGCUCUACAACGCCUGGCCAGAUUCCGCAAAGACGGUGCGGGCUAUAGCACCGAGCAAGGCACUCGGCCUCAGACUCUGGGUUAUGGACUCCAAGACUCUCCAACUCUUUUGCUGUCCUGGAUUCUCGAGAAGCUUCACGAGUGGACUGACAACUACCCUUGGACACCCGACGAGAUCCUGACUUGGGUGUCUUUGUAUUGGUUCUCUUCUGCUGGACCUGCAGCCAAUGUUCGGAUCUACUACGAGGCCAGGCAUGAUGCACAAGGCGGCGAUGACAUGAGUGUCUUGGCGGCAGCGACUGGUCAUGUUCCGCAUGUCAAGCUAGGCGUCAUGUACAACUGGAAAGACAUGGAGACGUCUCCGAAAGCGUGGGUGAGGAAGAUAGGACCUGUGGUGUUUGAGAACGAGCAUGACACCGGUGGUCACUUUGCUGCUUGGGAGAAGCCUGAACAUCUGGCUAAAGAUCUCAAGGACAUGUAUCGUAAGGGCGCGGAAGCUGCUCAGGUCUUGGGCGAUGCGAACGGCUACGACGGUUGA